AUGUUAGAUGAAGUGGAAAUAUACGAGCCGGAUGGGAAGGGGAAUGAAACCCCGCUAGUGGCUACAGUAAAGAGCCUGAAGAAAUCGACAAUGGAAAGGCAAACAGGGAGCGGUAUAAAGGAAGCCCACAGAGAAGAAGCGAGCGGAUGUCCGAAAGGAAAGGGGACCGACCUUAAUAAAGUUGAGGUAGCAAAAGUGACUAGAAGGACAUAUGUGCCCCCACACACGUCGGCCAUGAUUGAGGUAGACUGCAGGGAAACAGGACCCGACGAAAGAGUUUUGUGGACAAAUAGGAAAGAGGUUGCAAGUGGGAUCUUCAAGGUAGGAGAAGAAGUAGGUGAAUGGAGUACGGAAAAAUGGAACGAAAAGUGGGAAGACCUGAAUCCACUGCUGCUUGAUUCAGGAGCAACGCUAGGAGAUAUUGCGGGGGUAUCAUUCCCAGGUGCUGUCGCGGAGGAGAUCGAGAGUCUUUGGAACGUUUGGCUCGCUUGUAGUAUUUUUCGUCGCACCGAUCUUGACAUUGGGAAGAAAAUCAAGUAUCAUCGCGAGGGCCACAUCUGCUUCGAUGCAGAUUCGUUCAAGAUCGUGCUAAAAUCCGCUUAUGGGCGAUGCACAGACUGGACCGACUUCAUCUGCAACACAAAACGUAUAGCCGAGCACACCGCCAUCGAAAAUCAGCAUGUCCACCAUUCCUAUAAUGAGGCAUUGCAAAAGGUUCGCGAAGAGAUCGAAGAGCAGUCGCUCAGGGACCGCUCGAAGAAAAUAGGAUCAGUCUUAUACGCCGCAUUCGAAGGCGCAAGCCCGAUGAAAAAAGACGGGAUUCGCGGAGGGAUCGUCACCAAAGUUGUGCUCAAUUUUAAGCGUCUUGUAGAGGUCUUGGAAGAAUGGAGAUCUUCCAAAUCAUGGGUCAUCGUGUGGCCCCAGGAAGCAGAUUUCGCAGAAUGCACUACAGCAAAUUUGAUUAGCUUGGCAAAGUCCUAUUUGGAAGAAGAAGGUUCUACUGCCACAGCAUGGCCACCGAUCAAUUCAAAGAAUCAAUCCAAGUGGUUGAAUUUAUCGGGACUCUGGAGGAGCCUAGAUGAGGCGCUAGUGAAGCUCGACAAGGGUAAUCAUGUGCUUUGUACUGCUAGCAACAGCUUCAUGGAAGGCAAGAGGUUAGCGCUCCUGAAGGAAGCGCACAGCUCUAUAAUAAUUAUGUAG